AUGGAACCGCCUAAUGCCGGUACCAGUUCGCCUGGUCUGAUUGGGUCGGCGCCCUUGAUUCCGCCAGCUAUGCUGAGUGGCUUGCCACCGCCGAUGCCUCCAACAGUGGGCAUGCCUCCUGUACCCGGCAUGCCACCGAACAUGACAGGUUUGCCACCUCCGAUGGCAUAUCCACCAAUUAUAUCGCCAUUUUCCAUGCCACCACCAGGAUUUCCAGCUUUUAAGCCUGAUUUAACUGCUCCAGCCCCAGAUAUAGCUCCUAUGGCCAAUCAGAGUAGUCCUUGGUCUGAACACAAGGCCCCUGAUGGUAGAACAUAUUACUAUAAUUCUGUUACUAAACAAAGUCUUUGGGAAAAGCCAGAUGACUUAAAAACGCCUGCAGAGAAACUUCUGUCAGCUUGUGUUUGGAAAGAAUAUACUACAGAUGCUGGACGACUGUACUUUCAUAAUAUAGAAACUAAAGAAUCAAGUUGGAUCAUACCUAAAGAACUCCAAGACAUCAAGGAUAAAAUAGCUGCAGAAGAAGUUGCUCAGGCGGCGCUCAGUGCUGAACUGCCUCCCAGUGAAGUACCUUUACCAGCCUCACCAUCAGUAGCAGCUUCUGGCAGUUCAGCUCUAGAUGAGGCAAUGGCUAAAACCUUAGCAGCUAUUGAUCCAUCUCUUGCUAACUCCAUACCCAUACCAGAAGAAAGUAAACCAGAAGAAAUAGCAUUGCCACCCCCAACCAACAACACUGAACAGUCAGAGCAGACACCAGAACUACAGUAUAAAGAUAAGAAAGAAGCCAUUGAAGCAUUUAAGGAACUUUUGAAAGAUAGAAAUGUACCAUCAAAUGCAUCAUGGGAGCAAUGUGUCAAGAUAAUAUCCAAAGAUCCGCGCUAUGCAACAUUCAAGAAGCUCAAUGAGAAGAAACAAGCCUUUAAUGCGUACAAAACUCAAAAGUUGAAAGAUGAGAGAGAGGAGCAGAGAUUGAAAACAAAAAAGAAUCGCGAGAACUUAGAAGAGUUUUUGUUAGGUUGUGAUCGUGUAACAUCUUUAACGAAGUAUUACAAGUGUGAAGAAAUGUUCAAUAAUUUAGAGAUAUGGCGAUGUGUGCCUGAAUCCGACCGCAGAGAUAUUUUCGAGGAUUGUAUAUUUGCCAUUACGAAGCGGGAGAAGGAAGAGGCGAAGGCACUAAAAAAACGUAAUAUGAAGAUGUUAGCGCAGGUUUUGGAGAAUAUGAGCGAAAUAACAUACAGCAGCACUUGGAGUGAGGCGCAAGUGUUGCUGUUGGAGAACUCUGCAUUCAAAAAUGAUGUCAGCCUUCUCGGCAUGGACAAAGAGGAUGCACUUAUUGUGUUUGAGCAACAUAUAAGGAAUCUAGAAGCAGAAUAUUUGCAAGAGAGAGAACAAGUCAAAAAGAGGAAUAAAAGGCAACAAAGAAAAAAUAGAGACAACUUUUUAGUUUUACUGGAUAGUCUACACGAAGAAGGAAAAUUGACAUCAAUGUCUCUCUGGGUUGAAUUAUAUCCAGUUAUAUCAGCUGAUAUGCGAUUCUCAGCUAUGCUUGGACAAAGUGGCUCUACCCCGCUGGAUUUAUUCAAAUUCUAUGUUGAAAACCUGAAAGCGCGCUUCCAUGACGAAAAGAAAGUAAUUAAAGAAAUAUUAAGAGAGAAAGAAUUUGAAGUUAAACCCGACACCACGUUUGAAGAAUUUGCGACGGUUGUCUGUGAAGAUAGCAAAUCAGCUUCUUUGGAUGCAGGCAACGUCAAACUCACAUACAACUCGCUUCUUGAAAAGGCUGAAGCGAGAAACAAAGAAAAGAUUAAAGAAGAAUCGAAGGCCCAGAAGAAAAUAGAAAGCGCUUUCAAAUGGGCGCUGACCGAAGCUAACAUCGACCACCAGCUACCGUGGAGCGAGGUCAAGACGAAACUUGAUCUAGAUGCCCCGGAGUUUGCAGCUGUGCCCUAUGAAGAAGACCAAAUCAGAAUUUAUAAGGAUUUCCAACACGAACAAGAAGAGACCUGCUUGCAUUACCAUCAUCCCAAGGCGCGAAAAUCAAAGCGCUCCAAGAAGAAGAAGCGUUCCCACUCCGCCUCUUUGUCAAAGUCGCGAUCUCCGUCACCGAUGCCGGCAGUACGUUCUCCAUCUCCUGCGCCUAGCCAUGUAACGUGGACCUCUGACGAAGGAAAGAAGCACAAGAAAUCUAAAAAGAAGCAUCGUAAACAUUCGCCGCCACCUAAGUCACCAACGCCAGAAGAGGGUGGCAUUACAGACGACGAACAAGUGCGGCAUAAGAGCAAGAAGUCAAAGCGCAGUGCGCCCAGCAGCCCUGAGGACGAGCAGCAACUGGAGGUCUCGCACAAACCUAAGAAGAAGAAGGAUAAGAAGGACAAGAAAGAACGGUCGGGUAGCUCAGCGGUGUGGAGCGAUGCAGAGCUGGAGUCUCGACGCGCCGCGCUUCUGGCGCAGUUGCACGAGCACGAGGCGGACUGA